AUGGAAAAAAAAAAAAAAAAAAAUAGUUUCUUGUUACAAAGCUAUUUUAAAAAAUCGUUAAAUUCACCCCAUAAAAAUAAUAAUGAUGAUUAUAAUAAUAAUUAUACAUAUGGUGAAAAUUCUCUUGUGAAAUUAACAAAUGAAUAUAAUAUAACAAGUGAUAAUACAAAGAAACUAUUUUGUAGAAGUCCCCUUGGAUUAGUUUCGUAUUAUCGUUGUACGGAAGGAACUGCGCAUAUUUUAUGUGACACUUCUGGAUGUAAUAGAUUUGGCUAUAUAAAAAAUUAUGACCAGUCAGACCACGUGUGGUAUUACCAGUUUGAAAGGGACGAACUCAUAAUUAAUAAAGAUCAGAGAGGGAAACAAUUGAAGGGAAACCAUUGCAUAAAAUUAAGCGGGAAGUCGAACUGUUAUAUAGAAAUCGAGUCAGAUAGUUGCCUGGAACUGUUAGGUGGGAAUUAUAGUAUGAAUGAAAAAAGUAUACUUAUAAAAAAAGAAAUUUUCAAAAACCUAACAAAUGAUAACAAUGAAGGUUUUACCUUUGAAAUGUGGAUAGGAAUAAAUGAGUCCUUUUUGGACAGAAAAGGAGAAAAACAAAAAAAAAAAAAAAAAAGUAAAAAAAAAAAAAAAUAUGUACAAUCGAGUGAAGAUGAAAAUGAAAAUGAAAAUGAAAAUGAGGAUGAUGAAGAAUAUGAUAGUUAUAUAAAUACUAAUGGUAAUAAAAAGAAAUGUAUAUGUUUAAUACAAAAAGGGAAAUCAUGUGAAUGGAAUAUUUUUCUAGUUAUCGAUAAUGAAAAAGAAGAAUGUUUCUUUGUUAUCAAUUUUAAAGAUAAGAAAUAUCAUUUUGAUACUUUUCCAAUAUUUCAUUUGAAAAGUAUUCUUAUAAAUAGACAUUACUGGAUAAAUAUAUCGAUUAUAUUUAAUUUAACUAUUGAUUUAAUAUAUGUGAUAUUAUCAGGAGAUGAUAAUUAUUUUUUAAGAGUGAUUAAAAAUUCCUAUUUAAUAUUUUAUAACAAUUUCUUAUAUCCCACAAAUUUCUUUAUCGAUAAUUAUAAGCAGUUACCGUUAUGUAUAGGAAUACAACCGGAGGGUGGUGAUGGAAUUAAUAUAAUGGAAGAAAAAGGAUAUCAUUUUUCAAAUGAUAGGGGGAAAAAGAAGGAUUCUAAAACUUUUACAGGGUUAGAAAGGGAAAAGAAAAAAGGAUAUGAUAAUGAUUAUGUAUACAUUCCUUUCUUAAUAACAGAAAUACGGUUAUACGUGUCUAGUCGUUCGGCUGAUUUGGUUAUGAAAGAAAAGAAAUCUGCUUUAACGGGUGAUUUUGCUUAUGGUGACAUGAGUUAUAGGAAAGAGAAAAAAAAGAAGAAGAAAUAUAAUACAAACUUUGAUGAAGAUGAAAGUGAAGCAUACGAUAAUGAUGAAGAUAAUAAUAAUAAUAAUAAUAAUAGUGAUGAGAGUUAUCACCAGAGUGAUAAUCAUAUAAAUAAUAAUUAUAGUUCUAAUAGUGACAACAAAAAUAAACACUUACAUUUAAAAAAAAAAAAGUAUGAAAAUAAUAAUGCACAAGUUAAAUAUAAAGGUUUGAAAAAACCACUGGUUAUAAAUUCUCCAGAUGAAAAUUCCGAAAGUGACGAAAUGAAUCAUGAUUUUGAUAAGGAUGGGAAAAAAGAACAUGUCAGAUCAUUGGAAAAACCAAAACACCGAACAAAAAACAAUAUGUAUAUAUCUCAUGAGAAAAAAAAAGAUGACGAGAAAGAUAUAUUUUUUAAAUACAACAAUGAUAUUGGAGCAGAGAAAAAAAACAUAGCAGAUCGGUGUAGUGAGUUUAAUAUAGAAAUUGAAGAAAUGAAGAAAAGGUUUAGCAAAUUUAGUGAUGAGAUGAAAGGAAAAGAAAGAAAAAGGAAUUAUAAAAAGGAGGAAAAAAGAAAGAUGAAUAAUGAUAAUAAUAAUGACAAAAACAAAAACAAUAACAAUAAUAAUAAUAAUAAUAAUAAUAAUAAUAAUAAAGAUUUUUUUCAAUUUGAUGGGGAAAAUUCAAACGAUUUUACACCUCAUUUUUCAAAUUCCAAAGGCUUUGAAGAAAAGGAUUCACCAAAUUCAUGUGAUGAUGAUUUUUUUGCAGGGAAUAAAAAAGAGAAGCAAAAAGGAGAGAAUAAAAUGGAUUACAUGAUGUCAAAGGAUAAUAAAAAAAAACAUGAUGUAAAUGUGUCAUCUGAUAGUUCGUCUGAAGUUGGUGAAAUAAAACAUAAAAAUAUAACAAAAAAUAAAAGGAAUGAUGAUAUUAUAAAUAAUAAUAAUUUUGUUAAUUUUGAUGAAAUAAAUCCUAAUGGAUCUUUUUAUUUCCACUUUUCUGAUGAAAAGGAUGAAUCAGGUGGUGAGGGAAACAAAAAUAACGAUGAUUUUUAUUUCGGGAAAGGAAAAGGAACAAACAUGAAAGAUGCAUUUGGUAAUAAUAAAAAAGGAGAAAAAAAAUUAGAAGAGAAAGGUUCUGAUGUGCUAAUAGAUGAUACAGAAAAGGGAGUUGUCAUAAUAUAUAAUAAGGAAGAGGAUGAUACGAAUAAAGAUUAUAAUAAAGAAAAAUAUAUAAAUUUCAUUGUGAACGAAUUUAAAGAUAAAUUCGAACAUGAAUUUAUUGACAAGUUUGUUGAUACGAUCGCAUCGAAACUUAAUUUGAGUACCAAAGAGAAAAUGGACAUUGUGGAGAAUAUAAAAAAUAGAGGAAAGGAAAAAACAGAAUUAACAUAUAAAGAAAUGCAUAAAACACAACAGUAUCAAAAUGAUCCAAGUUUAAAUUCAUUUUGGGGAGAUGAAAAAAAGAAUAAUAAUUAUGAUCUAGAUAUAGUAAAAGAGAAAUAUAGUGAGUUAAUGAAAAAAAAAGAAUUUUCAGAGCAAAAGCGUUUUUAUAACGAAAUUAAAGAAGAACUUAAAAGGGUUAAACAAAAAACAGUUAUUGAAAAAGAGAUGGAUGAUUAUAUAAAACAAAACCAGUUAAUGAAUGAGUAUUAUAGUAAAAAGUAUAAGCACUAUGAUAGUGACAAAAGUUCAGAGGAUAUUAUAGGUGAUGCUAAUGUGAAGAAAGGUCCUUUAAAUGAAGAAGAGUAUAAAUGUGUGGAAGAGGAUUUAGGUGAGGAGAAUAAGAUUGAAAAGGAUAAUUAUAAUAAAUGUGGUCAAGUUGGAGAAGGGUUAUAUCUCAACUGGGAUAAUAAAAAAAUCAUACAUGUUAGCCCGAAUGAUUAUGAUGAAGGAGAUGAUUACGUGGAGCAUAUAUAUUCGGAUGGUAGUAAUUCUGUUGUUAAUAUAAAGUAUGAAAAAAAAUCAGACGUGAGCGAUUUUACAUUUAAUAAGUAUAAAAAUGUGCGAGAUGACGAGGAAAAAAAAAAAAAAAAAAAAAGUAAAAAAAAAAAAGUAAAAAAUAAAAAAGUAAAUAAUGAUGAUGAUGAUGGUGAAGAUGAUGAAACAGAAUUUGAAGAAGUAGAGGGUAAAAAUGUAUAUAAGAAGAAAGAACAAAAAUAUACAUCACAUAAAGAUAAAGAUAAAGAUGUUCGUCCUUGUAAUGAGAAUGAUUCAUCUAUUAUUUAUCAUAAAGAUGGAAUUGUUUCAGAAUAUAGUAAUGCAAUUCUAUCCAAAGAAGAUGAGCAUUAUGAAAGAAGUUAUUAUGAUGAGACUUAUGACAAAAUGAAUAAAGAAGAAGAAAUGAAUAUAGGAAAGAAAUAUUAUAAAUACAUUUGUCCUUUAACCCCUUAUGAAAUAUAUAUUAUAGAGAAAUUUUAUAAACAUGGAAUAAAAGAAGAAUUAAAAGAAUUUAGAAAUAAGAAUUAUAUGUCUUGUAUUAACAAUAAUAAUCAUCAUCAUAAUAAUAAUAAUAUAUCAAGAAAUCCAAUUAAUAUAACAUAUAUUAAAUAUAAGAUAUGUUUAAUGAAAUCUUUGCUUAAGAUUAGUUUAAAGUAUAUUCAAGAGAAGAAAUAUACAAAAGCUUUAAAAGUAUGUAUACGUAAUAGUGACUAUAUAAAAAAUUUUGUUAGAAGUUAUUGUAUUUUAAAAUAUAAGAAAUUAAAAGAUAAUCACAAAUAUAUUGAUUUUUAUUUAAAUUUAGAUAGUUCCGAAAUAACUAUGGAUGAAUUAAAGAAUGUAUUAAAAACGAAUGUAAGGAAUAUAACAAUAUGUAAAAUCUUAUUAAUGAUUAAUGAAUAUAAGCAUUAUAGAUAUAUUGAGAAUUCAUCACUUAUAUUAAUAUUAUAUUCUAUAUUAUGUCGAAUUAUAGUAAAUACGAAAUUAUUACAAUAUGUUCUAAAGAAAUUUAUAAAAAGUUUGUUUGUGAGAGGAUGUUUAUUUUAUGUUCAAAAGAUGUGUGAAUUUUAUUUCUUGUUAUUUCCUUAUGAAAAUAAGGGCAAAUAUGAAUCCUUCACAACAAAGGGUGGAAAAAAAGAAAAUGUGCAACAUAAUAAUAAAAUGUUAUUGAACCAGAUAUAUGAGCUUUCAAAAAACAAUUUUCUUAUAUAUUCAACAUGUUAUAAGAGUCAUAAAUUUGCUCAAAUAAAUAAUUAUCAAUUCAAUUUUGAAAAGUGCAUAUCAUAUUUUUCUCCUGAGUGGGGAUAUUAUAUAUAUACAACAAGUAAUUUUAAUAUUUUUUCUUCAACAGUCAAAUUUAAUGGUUUUCUAAAAAGUUCCUCUGUAGACUUUUCCUUAAUAUCAGAGGAAAAAUAUGAAUCAUUAUUUGAUGACCCUUCGAUGGUUAUUCAGUAUGAUGUAAAUAGUGACAAGGUCAAUAUAUUUGGACAGCCAAAUGAUAUAUUGAAGGGUGGAUAUCCGGAGGGAUUGUCAAAAUCGGUGCCCUUUGUGGGUGACGAAUUAUUGAUAGAAAAUAAGGAAAAUAAUAAAAAUGGUGGUGAUAAUAAUAAAAAUGGUGAUGAUAAUAAUAAAAAUGGUGAUGAUAAUAAUAAAAAUGGUGAUGAUAAUAAUAAAAAUGGUGAUGACAAUCAAAUUAAUUGUGAUGACAAUCAAAUUAAUUGUGGUGACAAUCAAAUUAAUUGUGGUGACAAUCAAAUUAAUUGUGGUGACAAUCAAAUUAAUGUUGAUGAUAAUAAUUUAGAAUGUGACUCCUUCAAUGUUGGAAAUCGUAAUGAUUGUAUCGUUCUUCAUGGAAGUAAUACAGAAGAAGGGAAUAAACUUUUAUCAUCCGAACCCAUGAAUUCAAAUGAAAUAAAAAAUACGGUAGAAGAUAUAUCGGCGAAGAAUGAUUGUUUACAUGAAUAUUUAUUAAAUUAUGAAAAAAAGAAAAGAAAUUAUUACAUUAUCGAUGAAAAUUUAAAACGAAUUCAAUUUAGUAGGAACAAAACCAAUUACCAUUUAGAAACAUUUUAUGAGCUUGAUAAUGAUGAUAAAAAUAAUGAAAAUAAUAAUAGAAAAAAUAAAUUAGAAGAUAAUGUUAUGAGUAAAAUCAAUCGUGAUGCAUAUUUAAAUUCAUCGAAAUAUGCUUAUAAAAAUACUCAACUAUUAGGAAGUUGUCCAUAUUGUAAACAUGCUUUUAAUUUUUUUACAAGAACGUGUAACAUAUGUCAAAGAUAUGUACAUAUAUGUUAUUAUCUUUUCAUUUAUUGUACCUAUAAAUACCACUGCGAGUUGUGUGAUGCAACUUAUUCAGAAAAG